AUGAACUCGCUUAAUCGGAUUCGUGCCAUGCUCAGUCCGCUAGUGUUGCUUGCCGCGCUCGCCACGGUCGGCGGCGGCCCUGAGGAGGCCACGGGCCUCCGCCGCUGCCCCCGUGGCCACUACAAGCUAGCUGACAUGGCCGAGUGCGCGCCCAUGCUCACCUGCCCUCAACUUGGCAGCCUCCAGGUCGGCAAGUUGAUCGGCGUAGGGGGAGUGAAGGCGGUGUACAACGCCACCUGGCGCGACCAGACAGUCGCCCUGUCCAUCCUGAACAACCGGCGCUUUGCCGAAGACUUCGCCUACGGCCAGCAAAUGCAACUUCUCUACUCUGGUCUGCCGAACUUCAUUCAGGUGGUUGGUUUCUGCGAGAAGCCGGCGCUCACGCUUACUGAGUACCACCCCCUCGGCAGCCUGGCCAAUCUCUCCGCCAUCGUGGCCAAUUACAACCUGGAGGAUGACGUCCGGUUCAGGUUGCGCCUCUGCCGCGGCUGGGCGGACAUCCUCAGGAUACUGCAUGGAGAAGGACCUAUUAAGGAAACAAGAGUCAUGUGCGAUUCCAACUCGAUUUCAAAACUGCUGAGUCAAGUGCUACUGGAGGCAGUGACCCUGGAGCCAGUGCUGAACGACGUGGACGCCCUGCCAGUGGUGGGCCCAGGAGGAGUGAUAUGCGGCAAUGGAGGGCCCCUCGAAGGGGACCUGGUCGCUCCGGAGCAGCGGUGGCCCUUCCCUGACCUGCCUUAUGACGCUGCCCUCAUGCCCGGCUACUCUGAGAAGGCGGACAUUUGGAAGGCGGGCGUGGUGUGUGAGCACCUGCUCAAUGUGACCGGUGGCGCGUGGGCUCGCUACAGACUCUUCCGGCUGCACCGCCGCUGCCGCCACGAGGUGCCUGCCCUUCGGCCCUGCGCCGCUGAACUGCACGCAGAGUACUCCAACGCCCUAGCCGAAUUAACCAGAGAUGAACUCUAGCAUAUUAUUAUUCCUUGAGCCAGUUGUAAUUGUAAAGGGCUGAUAUUAGCAUGUAGGAAAAUUGUUCGAUAUUCCAAAAUGAAUAGAAACUAAAAAUUUCUUCCACGAU